UCUGUGUUUUCGGUGAGUGCGCGAGCCGUAGCGUACGGACGGACGGAUCUCGUUGACGAAUACAAUAAUAAUAAUAAUWAUUAUUAUUGUUAGGUAUAUCCAAUAAUCAUACGCCUAUGCACACCAAUACAUAAAAUAUAACAAAACAUAAUAUUAUAUUUUAAUAAUAUCAUGUGAUAAUAACGUGGCUUUUUUCAUCAUUAGACUUAGAUUCCAUAUAGUAUACGAAAAUAACAAUAUAUCGCUACCAAGACGGUCAUCGUAGAGUAUAGCUUACGAAACGUUGUAGAUUUUGARAGCGCGUUCGGAUAUCGGAGUAAAACGUAGCUGUCGUCAUAUUAUUAUUAUUAUAUUAUUGAUAUAUUAUACUUACAAUAACAUAUUUUUAUACUAAAUUAAAUUAUACUGUUGGCCGUCGCACUGGGAUUCUACGGCUCAAGAAUAAUUUAGCAGGCUAUGCCCCGAAUAGCUGCAAUCUACGACCAAUAUGGCUGAGAAUUCUGAUUCAGAUUGUGAGAGCGACAGCGACAACGAAGAGGAAGAAGAACUUCAAUUUAUUAUAAAUUUUUUAGUAUCAGGGUUGUGUUUAACACAUAUUGGCCUGAUAUUAUUAUAAUUUACACCAUGGAUCUCAGUGGAUACGUACUAAUACUCAAAGAAACUGAAGAUAAUAAAGCCAAGCUUUUAGGAUCAAAAGUCGACCGCGCAGAUUUCGAAACUGGUGAUGAAAUAUUCGCAAUUAAUGGACAACAAAUUGCAGAAAUGACUCGCGACGAUUUAUUAUCUUAUCUCUACCAGUGUAUUGUUACAAGAACCAUAUGCAUGAAUUUAAAACCUCGAGUAAAAAAAGUCGUUACCACCAGCAUAGACUCGGCAGGUUCUGAUCUAGGUCAAGUUCAUGAUGCCUUCUUCAUCGGAAUUGAAGAUGAAGCCAAAGAACGGUUGGAACGGCUGGCGGCUAGCAAACGUAUCACACCAGUUGACAUUACUAAAUUGGCUCAUCAGUUGAUGCGUCAAUUGCACCCAACAGCCGAACUCAACGACUUUUUAGACAACAAGGUACACAGUGGUCGUGUCGGUUCUUCAUGUCCACCGGACAACGGAAAUAAAUUAACCGAACAAUCCGAUCCCAAAUUAUCUAGGAGACCUAGUUCACCAUUCAAUAAUGGUCUUACCGAGGUUCUUAUCUGCAAAGAUGUCCCCGAUAGCAAUAAUAGACUGAAAGCUGUCGACGAGACCAACGAAACUCAAAACAGGUCUCGUCGUAGAAGUGGCGGGGGGUUGGUUCGUGUGGGUAGCGAAGUCGGUACGCUGGAAAAAAAGCGAGCUGUCGACGACGUGACAGGCGAGACGCUGGACGACAUGAUGAUUAUGAUGAGCGCGUUGGACAACGGGCCACAUCGCGAGAGGGCCGUCGACGUUCCGGAUUCGUUUAUCGCCCGCAACAAGACACCACCGAGGUACCCACCUCCGUCCAGGGCGAACCGCACACCCGGUACACAACAGAACGGUUCUGCGGUACCAGAGAGACAUGUGGCUCCGCCGCCUCCACCGCCCCGGUCCGACGUGAUCAAACAGCAGCUUCAGCAGGCCAGCAUCAACAACAACACGAUCGUUACCAUAUCGUCCACUGAGCCCACUAAGGAGCAGUUGGAGAGCAUCAAGAAAUAUCAGGAUGCGCUGCGGAAGCGAAAAGAAGAUGAGGACAGGGUCGCUCAACAAAACGAAUUUCUCAAUCGGUCGAUGAGAGGGUCGAAAAAACUUCGGGAACUCGAACAUGAACCGCCGGAAACGGGAAUUGUCAACGAUGGGUUUUCCUCGGAACAGGACGAGGACAACAACCGCACCACUAUCGGUGCGGUGGAUGACGCCGAAGAAGAAUCGCAAGAUCCAUACGAGCCGAUAUACAGGGUUGUAGGGUACGGUGAACUGAUAGCUGCGCUCCAGAGGAUACACUUACAGCUGAAAAAGAACGGGAUCUAUAUCAAUAGCAAGUCAGAUCCAGACGUGGCCGUGAUCCAAUGCCUGUUGCUGAACCCGGAAUUCGUCCGCGUGCUGUCCGUGCACAACAAGGUGCAGCAAUUGUGGCCUCCCACCACGACCAAAAGGCCGGUGACUCCAGAAGCUCAAAAUUUGGUUCGAGACUGUCUCGAGAGUAUUCAAAAUAUUGACUUACCUGAAGCAUCGGAACUCGCUAAACUAUUGUCUCAGUACGAAAUCGAAGGCGUUCUUUGGGCCCAUGACACUAUAGCUCAGGACGUGUUACCGCAAGACGACGAGGCCACUACUGAGGUAACGGUCACGUUGCCCGUGAACGAUUCAUCCAUGUACAACACGGACCAACAUCCUCCCAACAUCACAAUUAUCAAUAUUGAAAAAACCAACGAACCAUUGGGUGCUACUGUUCGAAACGACGGUGACGCGGUGAUAAUCGGUAGAAUUGUCAGAGGUGGUGCUGCCGAAAAAAGUGGACUGCUCCACGAGGGCGAUGAAGUGUUGGAGGUGAAUGGUGUAGAAAUGCGUGGAAAGUCCAUAAAUGAUGUCUGUGAUAUCCUGUCCGUGAUGACUGGACCUCUAACGUUCAUGAUUGUACCGAGUGCUAAUCGGGUUACAUACCAGAACACAAAUGGGAACAGAGAAAAUUUCAUUAUGCAUAUGAAAGCUCACUUCGAUUAUGAUCCUGAAGACGAUGGGUACAUCCCAUGCAGAGAGCUUGGUAUUAGUUUCCAAAAGGGUGAAAUCUUACAUGUUAUAUCUCAAGAAGAUGCCAACUGGUGGCAGGCGUUCAGAGAGGGUGAAGAAGAUCAAACACUGGCCGGUCUUAUACCAAGCAAAUCUUUUCAACAUCAACGUGAAGCAUUAAAACAAACCAUAACUGGCGACAAGCCUAGCAAAGAUAAACCCAAAAAACAAAACACACUUCUCUGUGGCAAAAAGAACCUGAAAAAAAGGAAAAAGAAGUCACUGUAUCAAGACGGAGGUUACCCUAUUUAUUCUUCCAAUUCUGAUGAAUAUGAAGCCGAAGAGAUACUGACUUAUGAAGAGGUGGCCUUGUAUUAUCCACGAGCAAACCAUAAAAGACCAAUUGUGUUGAUUGGCCCACCUAACAUUGGCCGACACGAGCUCAGACAAAGAUUAAUGGAAGAUCGAGAUAGGUUUGCUGCUGCUAUUCCCCAUACUAGCCGAGCAAAAAAAGACGGUGAAAUAGAUGGUCAAGAUUAUCACUUUAUCACCAGGGUUCAGUUUGAAUCGGAUAUUCUUUCGAGGAAGUUUGUUGAACACGGCGAAUACGAGAAGGCUUAUUAUGGCACGUCACUGGACGCCAUCCGAUCGGUGGUAAACUACAGUAAGAUAUGCGUGUUAAACCUACACCCGCAGUCGUUGAAAAUCCUCCGGAGUUCUGAUUUGAAGCCUUUUGUCGUGUUCGUAGCUCCACCAUCUUUGGAAAAACUACGUCAAAAGAGACUAAAGAACGGCGAACCUUACAAAGAAGAAGAGCUGAAAGAGAUCAUUGAAAAGGCGAGAGAAAUGGAAGACAAGUUCGGCCAUUACUUCGACAUGAUCAUCAUUAAUAAUGAUACCGAGAGAGCGUAUCACCAGUUAUUAAGUGAAAUAAAUAGUCUAGAAAGAGAACCGCAAUGGGUGCCAGCUACUUGGGUAAAAACCGCGUCAUAGCGGUAGACGAUAGAUAUUAUUAUUAGCAUUAUUAUUAUUAUUAUUAUUGUAUAACUAUUAUCAUUGUUACGUUGUAAAAAGUUCAUGAUGACUGAUGAACAGAAAAAAAAACGGUGCUUGCCGAUCAAGUCAAAUGGCUGCGUCAGGUAUUCGGUGUAGACAUACACAAAACUGUACUUAACUUAAAGUAAUACUAUUAUGUACUAUGUUUGUACAGAUURAAAAAUGGAAAAAAGUAAUGUGAUAUAUUACCUUAAAUAUAGUUUAGUAGGUAUAAUGUUAUAUGUAAAUGAUGACCAAUGAAAAGCCAUCAACUUUGCCAUUUUAGUAUGUAUAACUUUAUUUAUAAUAUUAUUACGACCCUCGAAUGAAUGUUUUCCGUUGAUUCCCCGUCAAAAAGAGUUGAUGACUAUUAUAAAAUAUUAUUAUACAACACACAAAAUAUUCGGAAACUUCUCGUAAAUUUUUAUAAAACGACUGAGCCCCACUCUUGUACGAACCCCUAAUGUAUUAAAAAUGAUAUGUAAAUAUCCAAUAAUAUUGUAUUGUCAAUACUUGUUCAAUUAUUUUUGUGAUUGUGAAUGUUUAGAAUUAUUAUUAUAUUAUUGUUUUAUCGUUUUUCUGUGUACAAGGUGUGUACACAAAUCAUAAUAAUAUUACAUUAAAUUACAAUAAUGACUAUCGACGAACCGUAUUUGAAAUAUAACCCAUCACUCACACGGUGUAGGUAUAUAAAAUAAAAUAAAAUGAUUGUUUAAAAUAUUGAAUUUAUUGAAUAAAUUACCGUACAGUGUAAUAUGCAGCCGAUUAGUGAAUGAGUAGAUGACAUCGGAUAUGUAUAGGAUAUUAAAUAAAACUAUUUUUAAAUCCUGAAUUCGCACGCCUUAUGUGUGCCUAUAUAGAUGACUACUCAGGCGAGUAUUAUACUUAACUUUUUAUUUUUUUUAUUAAAAUUUUGAUUUUUAAACAUGACUUUUUCACUGUGUCGACCGCGGUUCAGCAUUUUUUGUGUGCACAAAAGUAAAACUAUACAUAUAUAUAAUACUUAUAUAUUGUAUCAUUAUUAUUAUUAUUAUUUUUUACUGUACAAAUCUAACU